UUCUGUACAAAAAAAGCCUUUGGUAGACAAUGCUGACCCCUCUCUCUCUCUCACGCACAAACAAACACGCACGAACACGCUGAAUUUCCUCUGUAUAAAGAACCAACUCGCCCCAAUAAACCUUCGUAAUCCACACCCACUCGAUCAUCUUUCACACUUCCACUCAACCAAAGAAAUGGAACGUGCUAAACUGCAGUCGAUGUUCCGGCCGCCGGAGACUCCAAGAGAGCCAAUGGAGUUCUUAUCCCGUUCAUGGAGUAUUUCAGCUCAUGAAAUCUCUAAAGCUAUUGCUCCACCACUGCAGCUAGUACCCAAGAAUCCCACAAACGACGGCGCUCCUCCACCUGGCUGCGGCCGUGAAACCAUUCAAGAAGAUGUCUCCGGAGAGUUGGAGGCUGCUGUUUCCGGCAACCCUUUUUCCUUUGCUUCUUCUGAAACUUCGCAGUUUGUCAUGGAACGCAUUAUGUCUCAAUCUCAGGAGGUAUCACCACGCACUUCUGGAAGACUAUCCCACAGCAGUGGACCUCUUAAUGGGUGUGGAUCUCUCACCGACAGCCCUCCUGUCUCUCCCCCUGAAUUGGAUGACCUCAAGUACUGUCGACUGAACCCAAUAAAUAACCAUUAUCGUGGAAGUGCCGCUAGUGGUACCACCAUGGUUGGCGGUGGAAAGACGGUUGGAAGGUGGUUGAAGGACAGGAGAGAGAAAAAGAAAGAGGAGAGUAGAGCACAGAAUGCUCAGCUCCAUGCUGCCAUUUCUGUCUCGGGGGUUGCUGCUGCUAUUGCUGCCAUAGCUGCUGCCACUGCUGCAUCGUCUGGGGUAGGAAAGGAUGAGCAGAUGGCUAAAACCGACAUGGCUGUGGCUUCUGCUGCGACAUUGGUUGCAGCACAAUGUGUUGAAGCGGCUGAGUCAAUGGGAGCGGAACGCGAACACUUGGCUUCAGUUGUUAGCUCGGCUGUCAAUGUGCGGUCAGCAGGCGAUAUCAUGACCUUAACAGCUGCUGCUGCUACUGCGCUGCGUGGUGCAGCCACAUUAAGGGCAAGGGCAUUGAAGGAAGUGUGGAAUAUUGCAGCCGUGAUCCCUGUUGAUAAAGGGAUGGGAGCUAGUACCAGUGGUAAUGGGGGCAGUAAUGGAAGCUCAAAUAGUAGUUUUAGUGGCGAGCUUGUUCCCGAAGAUAAUUUCCUCGGAAUUUGUAGUAGAGAAUUGCUUGCCAGAGGUUCAGAGCUCCUGAAGCGAACGCGCAAUGGUGAUCUUCACUGGAAAAUCGUGUCAGUUUACAUCAACAAGACGGGUGAGGUUAUGCUGAAGAUGAAGAGCAAACAUGUUGCUGGGACUGUCACUAAAAAGAAAAAGAAUGUAGUGCUGGAGGUGUUGAAGGACAUUCCGGCAUGGCCGGGCCGCCACUUGCUCGAGGGUGGUGAAGAUAGACGAUAUUUCGCAUUGAAGACUGUGGCACGGGGGGUUGUUGAAUUCGAGUGCAAAAACCAGAGGGAAUACGAUAUUUGGACUCAAGGUGUCUCAAGGCUUCUUGCUAUUGCUGCAGAGAAACACAGCAGAUAUCGAACCUGAAUUUCCUCUCGACAGCUACUGUUAGAUUAUCAAUUUUACCAAAAUAUCUGGACUAACCUUAUUAUUUUAAAAUAUGGGUUGGGGUUUGUUCGUUCUUGUGUUUUGUUAAUAUAAAGAGGAAAAUUGAAGUAAAAGUUUAUCCAAAUUCACUUCUAUGAAUGUAAUUUUGGUGUCGUGAUUUAUGUGAAUUAAAGUGUAGGAAAAGCAAGAAAGCCAUGUGAACCCAACUCUUUUGUUCUUUUACAGAAAAGGAGGAUCUUGGAGUUAGGUUUGGUCAAAAAGAAUGUGGGAAUUCCCAUUGGAAUAUAUUGGCUGCUUUUCUUGAAAUGUUGUUUGUCGGAUAUUAUUAGAUUAAGGUUUCUAAUUAAGUGUAAACUUGCUUUGUCUUCAUCUGUAAUUACCACUUUAUGUAAUAAAUUUCUUUGGAUUAGUUCUUU